AUGCGGCUACAGAGCCCAUGCGCGUUUCCAGCACACCAGUUUCCCCCACCCCGCGGCUGCCUGUGGCGCAUGCGCAGUCUUCCAGCGGCGGCGCGUUGUGUGUGGUGGUUCUCUAGUAGGCCGGGUCGCCUGUUCCCCCGAGGAGGCGGCAAGGCCGGCCCCGCGCGCAGGCGGCCGAGAGGAGCCGAGGAAGAGGCGGCGGAGGCGGCGGCGGAGGAGGGAAGGAGCCGCCCCCUCUCGUCUCCCCAGCAUGGGGCGCUGCUGGUGCCGCCCCCCUCGCCGGGCUCGCAGCGCCCCCGGGCUCUGCCUGCAGCGGCCUCUGCGGGGCCUGUAGGGGCGGCCGGGCCGUCGGAUCGGGGCGGGGGGCGGCAUGAGGAGCCGCUGCGGCCGCCCCCAGUGAAUGGGCCUCGCGGCGGAGCAGGAGCAGCCGGAGCCGCCGCGAUGGCUCAAGAGAAAAUGGAGCUGGACCUGGAGCUGCCGGCGGGGAGCGCGCCGGCCCCGAGCGACGGGGGGAGCUUGAGGAGAUCGAACAGCGCCCCCCUCAUCCACGGGCUGAGUGAUAAUUCACAGGUUUUUCAGCCUUAUGUGUUGCGAACCCGCAGGAACAGUACAACAGUUAUGAACCGUCACAGUAUAUUGCUGUCAUCAUCUCCCAUUCGAAUUCCUAGCAGCAGACUUCAUCAAAUCAGAAGGGAGGAAGGAGUGGAUUUAAUGAACAGAGAAACAGCACAUGAAAGGGAAGUGCAAACAGCAAUGCAGAUAAGCCAGUCAUGGGAGGAAAGCUUGAGCCUGAGUGACAAUGACUUGGACAAGUCCGAGAAAUCUUCCUCUCCAAAGAGAAUAGACUUCAUCCCAGUUUCCCCAGCACCUUCACCCACCCGAGGAAUAGGGAAGCAAUGUUUUUCACCAUCCUUACAAAUGUUUGUGAGUAGUAAUGGAUUACCUCCAAGUCCUAUUCCUAGUCCAACAAGGCGAUUCUCAAACAGGAGGAGUCAGAGUCCAAUCAACUGUAUCAGGCCCAGUGUUCUUGGUCCCAUUAAAAGGAAAGGUGAAGUGGAAACUGAAAGUCAGCCAAAGAGACUUUUCCAAGGAACUACCAACAUGCUUUCUCCUGAUGUUACACAUCUGACAGAUUUCAGUUCAUGUUUGUCUUCAGAUAUUCUCGAUAGGAGUAGCAGCAGUAUUGGUUCUUCCUCUGAUUCACUGGCUAAAGGCAGCAUUACCACAGAAUCUCCAGUAACAUGCUCAAAUUCAUGCUCUCCAUUCAUUUUGAUGGAUGAUCUCUCACCUAAGUGACUUAAUCUGUUCUGACUCAGUGUUUAGCUGUGCUGUACACUCGUACAGAGAAAUGAAGAACUCUGAUCCUUGAGAAUCAUUAACAUGAGGAUUAAAAUACUAAUGGAAAAAUUAAUGUAAUCUUAUUUCUUGACAACUCUUCCCAGUGGUUUUGAUUUAGCCUUAAUGGACACUUUAGACCAUAUUAAUGUCUGGUUUUGAUUAUUUUACAAAUAAGAUGUCUGUUCAGUUUAUACUAACUCUUCUUUGUUUUAAAGAAAAAACCUUUUGAUUCCUGAACAGGUAUCUUUUUACAAUAUUAAUGUUAUUUCUAGGAAAAUACUGUGUACUGUUACUGCCAUGGUCACUUUGUCUGGAGAAACGUGGUGGUUGCAGAGAUGUUUGGGAAAUACUCAUUUAUUCGUUGACUGAUUAUUUUUAGUAAAUUAGAUUUUGCUAGAUUUUUAUUUCAUAAACACAAUUUCUGGUUGGGGUAAAUAUCUAAUUUCUCCCACCAACUCAAAGUAAAAUUAUUCCCCCAACUCUGUAGUUGCAGCUAUCCCGAGCCAUUUCUUCC